AGGGUUGUUUUGCUCACCCUGUUUUUGAGAGAGGAGUGGCAAGAAUUGGAUCCCUUUGUCGGAUUGGUUUGCUUUUAUUUUAACUGGAUUUUGCAUGUGUUGUUGUUGGCUACAGCUGUGGUCUGUCAAAGGAUUAUUUACAGGAGGAAGUAAUCUGGUGAGAAGUACUGAACUUCAAUUGUAAAUUCACAGGGACUGAGGCGGGACUUAACCUUUCCGCCUCUUCUUGCCAGGGCUCUGAGAGUGUGCUUCUUGGGACCGAGGUAGAGCUCUUGUUCCUACCAGUCGGGUUCUGUACAUGGCUUCUGAUGGCAGUGCUCUCCAGGUCCCUUUGCGUCAGAAGCCGAGGAAGAAAACUCAAGGUUUUUUCACGAUGAGUCGGAGAAGGAUCUCAUGUAAAGAUCUGGGACAUGCCGACUGCCAGGGGUGGCUGUAUAAGAAAAAGGAGAAGGGAACUUUCCUGAGUAACAAAUGGAAAAAGUUCUGGGUGGUGCUGAAGGGGUCAUCGCUGUACUGGUACAGCAGUCAAAUGGCAGAGAAAGCGGAUGGAUUUGUCAAUCUGUCUGAUUUCUGCGUGGAAAGAGCAUCUGAGUGCAAGAAAAAGCAUGCAUUUAAGAUCAACCAUCCUCAGAUCAAGACAUUUUACUUUGCAGCUGAGAAUUUACAGGAAAUGAAUGUGUGGCUAAAUAAGCUUGGACUAGCUGUAAUCCACCAAGAAACCACUACAAAGGACGAAGAAUGCUACAGCGAGAGCGAGCAGGAAGAUGCUGAGCUGACUGGGGAGUCGCCCCCACCCCCUUACGCUUCCCAGACGUCGUCGCCUGUGGCUGCGCGGCAAGCAUCUUCGUCCUCACUCAAACUGGGUGAGACAUCUUGUUGUUCCUCUUUGGAGAGUAAAAUGAAGACACCCAGCAGCUUUUCUUCCUCGGCAUCUAAAGAAAGACAGUCCUGGCUUGACAUAGUUAACAGCUCACCCGCGGCCGAAGAUGUGGGGCAACCCUUGACCUUUGCUGUGCAGGUCCAUGCACCGGCACCCACCGAGGCACACAGUCACAAGGCCCCGGACAACAGCUCGAUUAUCUCAGAAAGUGGGUUUUUGAACUCUUUGUCUAGUGAUGACACAUCUUCAUUGAGUAGCAAUCAAGAUCAUCUGACCGUUCCGGACAAAUCUACAGGAUCAAGGAUGAUGGAUAGAGAAGAAACAAAAGCUUGUGAAGAUGAUGAAAUGGAGAAGCUCUACAAAUCAUUAGAACAGGCUAGUCUAUCUCCUCUUGGGGACCGGCGACCUUCCACCAAAAAGGAGUUGAGAAAGUCGUUUGUUAAACGGUGCAAAAAUCCAUCCAUAAAUGAGAAACUGCACAAAAUCCGCACCCUGAACAGCACAUUAAAGUGUAAAGAACACGAUCUGGCCAUGAUUAACCAGCUGCUGGAUGAUCCCAAAUUGACAGCCAGGAAAUACCGAGAAUGGAAGGUGAUGAACACCUUGCUGAUUCAGGACAUCUACCAGCAGCAGCAGACCCCCUCUGUCUCGGACGACACCUCUGAGGAACUCAACAAACUCCCUUCUGCGGGUGUUGAAAAUUCCAUCUGAGACAAAGCCAGAAUUCUCACCCCUCACCUUGGAUGGCAAACACCUGUAGGAGAUGUGGCAAUGUGUUUCUUCCUAGAUGAAAAACUGAAACCCAGUUCGUCCAUC